CGAAGGGAGUCCUCCUCCGGCUCCGGGUCCGGCUUCCCCGACCGGCGAACCCGAGAGGCGCCAUGGGCUGGAUCACAGAAGACCUCAUUAGACGGAAUGCUGAACACAAUGACUGUGUGAUUUUUUCCCUGGAGGAACUCUCCUUGCAUCAGCAAGAAAUAGAAAGACUAGAACAUAUUGACAAAUGGUGCCGGGAUCUAAAAAUUCUUUAUCUUCAGAAUAAUCUGAUUGGGAAAAUUGAAAAUGUUAGCAAGCUCAAGAAACUUGAAUAUUUGAAUUUGGCUUUAAACAAUAUUGAAAAAAUAGAAAAUUUGGAAGGAUGUGAAGUGCUAACAAAACUGGACUUGACCAUGAAUUUCAUUGGUGAGCUGAGCAGCAUUAAAACCCUGAAACACAACAUCCACCUGCAGGAGCUCUUUCUCAUGGGGAACCCAUGCGCUUACUUCGACGGCUACCGGGAGUUUGUGGUGGCGACUCUGCACCAGUUAAAGUGGCUGGAUGGUAAAGAAAUAGAACGUUCAGAAAGGAUUCAGGCAUUGCAGAACUACCCAGUAACUGAACAACAAAUCAGAGAACAAGAAAAAGCUUACUGCCUCAAACGAGCCAAAGAGAGAGAAGAGGCUCAGAAGAAACUUCAAGAGGAGCAUGGAAGUGUAGACAAGAGAAGUGCUCCAGGCUUUGAUGGACAAUGGUGCACCGACAUCAGUACCCCACUAUCAUCUUUAGAGAACAAAGACCACUUCCAAACACCAGAGACACAAGAAGAGGAGCAUAACAAAAAGAAACUACAUGAUGAUGAAGAUGAUCUGGAAUUCUGGAAUAAACCCUGUUUGUUUACUCCUGAGUCUAGAUUGGAAACUCUUAGACAUGUGGAGAAACAACGGAAAGACCGAGAAAAAUUAAGUGAAAAAAAGAAGACCGUGAAGCCACCCAGGACUCUGAUCACUGAAGAUGGGAAGGCCUUGAACGUAAAUGAGCCAAAACUUGAUUUCUCUUUGAAAGAUGACGAAAACCAUCACCUGAUCAUCCUGGACCUCGCUGUCUAUAGAUACAUGGAUACCUCAUUAAUUGACGUUGAUGUGCAGCCAACUUAUGUGCGAGUGAUGGUCAAAGGGAAGCCAUUUCAGCUUGUCCUUCCUGCAGAAGUCAGACCUGACAGCAGCUCUGCCAAGAGAUCCCAGACCACCGGGCACCUGGUGGUCUGCAUGCCCAAGGUAGAAGAAGUUUUCACAGGCGGUCGACCGACAUCCAGGGCUGCGAGAACUACCUCGGACAGCAGCAGGGAGCAAACAAACCGGAGGAGCAAGAAUGUUGAGAAACUAGAAGUAGAUCCCAGUAAGCAUUCCUUCCCCGACGUGACCACCAUAGUUCAAGAGAAAAGACACGCACCCAGAAGACUGAAAUCUGAACCCAAAAUUAUGCCCAGCGAGGAAGACCCAGGCUUUGAAGAUAACCCUGAAGUGCCUCCAUUGAUUUGAAAUAUGAGCAGGGACCCUGCAGGUCCAGUCUUGCUUGGCGCAUGGUAUAUGCACAACACUUACAGGGUAAACACAA